GGAUUAAAAAAAAAAGAAAAAACAAGUUGAAAUUUGAGCUUGCAGGCUGAAUUUAUUGUUUGGAGGAAGGCAGGGAACAGGAAGUGGUAUAAAAAUGAAGGCUGAAGAAGUGUGUUUUGAAUGAGUGAUUCAACUCGUGUGCCCUCUCAGAGUGUGAUUUUGUCUCUGCUAACUAUCUUGUUGACAUUUGCAGGGUCAAAGGCUACCGUAGUUCAGAGUGCCUUGAAGAGAGAUGGACCAAGUCUUCUACCCAAAGUUCUCCCGUCUAGCCAUCACCGGCGGCACACACGGAAAUGAACUGACCGGCGUGUAUAUAGUUCGACAAAUGCAGAAACAGAAUAUAAAUCAGAUUGGCUCUGUCUCCGUCUGCCCCAUUCUCGCCAACCCACCAGCCAUCGAAGCCUGCAAGAGAUACAUAGACACAGACCUUAACCGAUGUUUUACUGAUGUUACAUUGAGUACCCCGGUCACAGAUAGUUCUCCUCUUGAAGUGAAAAGGGCUCAUGAGCUGAACUCUUUGCUAGGGCCCAAAGGCAGUGACAGGGCCAUGGACCUGGUGUGUGACCUGCACAAUACAACCUCCAACAUGGGCCUAUGCUUCAUUAUUGACGUUACAGACUGCAUUCCCCUCCACAUCGCCAAAUACGUACAGACCAAGAUGCCUUCUGCUCCAAUAAGGUUCUUCAACACCAACCGUGCUUCCUCAUCCGAAGCUUAUUGUGUAGAUUCUGUCGGCAAACAUGGAUUUGCCAUUGAAGUCGGCCCACAGCCCAACGGUGUACUCAGGGCAGACAUUUAUAACAUGAUGAAAGAGGCCAUUGACCACACUUUAGACUGGCUCAACAAGUUUAAUGCUGGAACAACAUUUGAAGGAGGCCAACUGGACACUUUUGUAUUAGAGAGGAGCGUAGACUAUCCUCGAGAUCCUAAAACCAACGAACUCACAGCUAUCGUUCACCCGCAGCUACAGGAUAAUGACUUCAAACUCCUGCAGUCUGGUGACCCCAUUUUUAAAACUUUCUCCGGUGAGACGCUGAACUACGAAGGAGAGGACCUUUACCCGGUCUUUAUCAACGAGUGUGCCUAUUAUGAAAAGAAGAUUGCGUUUCAUUUAGGACAAAAGAAAACAAUCACACUUCCACCGAUAAGUGUCAGGACAGACUGAAAUAAUUUGAAAGAUGCUACUUUCUCUAUGCAAUUAUUAGAACUAUGCAAACUGCGCUUAGGUAAAGGUGCACUGCAAAAUAUUUCUAGUUGAGGGUCCACCACCUGCUUGUCUCCAUGGAAAUGUUAUUGCUUUGUCUAGAACAUUGUUUUCCAAAGGCUUAGUCGGAACCUCAGGUGGGUCACCAGAGAUUUUUUGGGGGGUCGCCUUGUCACAAUCUGCAUGUAGGUCUGAAAUAUACAGUUCUGGCUCUGAUAUGAGUGUUGUGCUCUUCUCCUGCACCCUGGACUGAAACUCGCUACAAAAAUGCAGGCUCAUCUAUCUCUUUAGAAAUGUUAAAAUGCUAAGACAUGUUUGUAAUUUCUAAUCUUUUUGUAAUUAUUUUAUUCACUAUUUUGUUCCAAUAUUGCUGGUUCAUUUGAAUGUUGAAAAGAAAAAGAAAUGGGCUACAUUUAGUGUCCAAAUAGGCAACUUAUGGAUCAUUUUAUUGCUGGUACAAUUACUGUUUUUCAUUGUUUAAAACUUGAGUAAUACUAAUUAUUCACAGAGACACGAUCACUCAGUCAACAAUAAAAUAUCCUUAGUAAUGUUCAAUAAU